AUGCGUGAAACAUACCAGUGCAUCGAAGGACGUCUUAAAGCUGAACAAUUUAAGCAAAAAGUAAUGGCUUGCUUUCGUGCUUGGGAAGACUGGACCAUUUAUCCCCAGGAGUUUCUCAUCCGACUGCAGAACAUAUUCUUGGGUCUGAUUACAGCCAAUAUUAUGGAAAGAGACAUACUUGAGGAUCCAGUGAAAGAUGAUAUUCCACAAAUUCCUGUACAAAUGGUAAAAAAAAAAGAGAAUUAUGAUGGUGUCCCCGUUUCUGAAGAUUUGGAUGGUGUUCCUACUGUUGAAGAAGAAACAGUACCUUCUAAUAUUGACAUUGAGCCAAUUGAUGGAGUGCCACUUAAAGAGGAUUUAGACGGCAUACCAAUUGAUUUGAAUCAAGACAUUGAUGGCAUUCCAUGUAAGUUGACUAACAUGUAA